GUUAAUUUUUAUUUAAUAUAUAUUUUUUCUCCAUUAUUUUUCCCCAAAUAAACCAAUUACAUAUUAAUUCAUUCACCUUGACGUUCACUUUCUUCAUCAACCGUUCAACAUGCAAAAUAUAAUUUCCAUGCAUGCAAAACAUUUCCCCUUUUCUCUCUAGAAUACUUUUCAUUAUUUUCUACAUUACAAGAGAUUAUUAAUUCAUCAAAAUUAAAUAAAAGGGAUCGAAUCGAAUCGAUAAAUGGGACAACAAACGUUGAUUUAUAGUUUUGUUGCAAGGGGAACAAUAAUUCUUGCUGAAUAUAGCGAAUUUACGGGGAAUUUUAGCAGCAUUGCUGUUCAAUGCCUGCAGAAGUUACCGCCAUCGAGUAACAAAUUCUCGUAUAAUUGUGAUGAUCAUACGUUCAAUUUCCUCUCUGAUAAUGGAUUCACCUACUGUGUGGUGGCUACUGAAUCUUCAGGCAGGGAAAUUCCCCUAGCUUUCUUGGAUCGUGUGAAGGAUGAUUUUAGUAAAAAAUAUGGUGGUGGCAAAGCUGCAUCUGCUGGUCCUAAAAGCCUCAAUAAGGAAUUUGGGUCAAAAUUAAAAGAGCACAUGAAAUACUGUUGUGAGCAUCCUGAAGAAAUCAGUAAACUUUCUAAGGUGAAGGCUCAAGUUUCUGAAGUUAAGGGAGUUAUGAUGGAAAACAUUGAGAAGGUUCUUGACCGCGGUGAGAAGAUUGAGCUUCUAGUCGAUAAAACAGAUAAUCUUCGAUCACAGGCUCAGGACUUCAGACAACAGGGGACAAAGAUAAGGAGGAAGUUGUGGUAUGAAAAUAUGAAGAUAAAACUGGUUGUUGCUGCUAUCAUCUUGGUCCUGAUUCUGAUUAUCAUUUUAUCUGUCUGCCCUGGCUUCAAAUGCACUUCGUGAUUCAACCUUUAAGGUUCUUAACAUUCAGCGUUUGUUGAAAUGUCUAUAUUCCGUGUCAAAAAUACUGUAUUCAGUUGAACCAAAUGGCCAUAGGUUCCGUCCGUCUAUAUGGACCUAUCAGUCACAUUGUUUACCUUAUAACUGGAGUUUAGUUCAUGAAGAGCUGGAUUGACUCGUAUUUUGAUGUAAUAUAUAGGUAAUCAGGUUUAGUGUAUUUCUUUUUCCCUCUCGACAUGUCGUCUCUAAAAUUUUUAGCCAUGUUUCUCAUAGUGAUGUCAAUAUGAUAAUAUAGAUAUUUGUGCCACUAUGAGUAAUGACUAAGAAAAGAGCAGCACGGUGCACUAAACUCGUGCCAUGUGCGGGGUCUAUUGUAUGCAACUGUUCGACAAGAUCAAUAAAUUACAUGGAACUUGAUCUCC